AGCGAGGACGGGGCGUGCCCCGACGUGUGCGCGCAUCCCUCGCCCCUGCCCUCUUCCACAGAUCGCUGCCUCCAACCUUGUGAGGGCGUCAUGCCGCCCAAAACCCCCAGAAGAGCUGCCGCUGCCGCCACUGCCCCUGUGGAACCCCCGGCACCACCGCCGCCGCCCCCUCCUGAGGAAGAUCUGGAGCAGGACAGUGGCCCCGAGGACCUGCCUCUUGCCAGGUGAGAAAAUGAAGAGACAGAGGAAAAAGACUAUACUGCCGUCAACUACAAGUUGAAAUUUAAUUCUGAUGUUUUCAAGAUUAUUUAUAUCACCACUUGGGAGAAGUGUGUGAAUAGUGGAGACAGUAACUUGGAAGGUUAUAUUCAAAAGAAAAAGGAGCUGUGGGGAAUCUGUAUCUUUAUUGCAGCUGUUGACCUAGAUGAGAUGCCAUUCACUUUUACUGAGCUACAGAAAAACAUAGAAACCAGUGUCUAUAAAUUCUUUAACUUACUGAAAGAAAUUGAUACCAGUACCAAAGUUGAUAAUGCUAUGUCAAGACUGUUGAAGAAGUAUAAAGUGUUAUGUGCACUCUACAGCAAAUUAGAAAGGACAUGUGAACUUAUAUAUUUGGCACAACCCAGCAGUUCGAUAUCUUCUGAAAUAAAUUCUGUAUUGGUGCUAAAACUGUCUUGGAUCACAUUUUUACUAGCUAAAGGGGAAGUAUUACAAAUGGAAGAUGAUCUCGUGAUCUCAUUUCAGUUAAUGCUGUGUGUCCUUGAUUAUUUUAUUAAACUCUCACCCCCUGCAAUGCUUAAAGAACCAUAUAAAACAGCUGUGAUACCUGUUAAUGGUUCACCUCGAACACCAAGACGAGGUCAGAAUAGGAGUGCACGGAUAGCAAAACAACUAGAAAAUGAUACAAGGAUUAUUGAAGUUCUCUGCACAGAGCAUGAGUGUAAUAUAGAUGAGGUGAAAAAUGUUUACUUCAAAAAUUUUAUACCUUUUAUGAAUUCUCUUGGAAUUGUAGCUUCUAAUGGACUUCCAGAGGUUGAAAGUCUCUCUAAACAGUAUGAAGAAGUUUACCGUAAAAACAGGGAUCUAGAUGCAAGAUUAUUUUUGGAUCAUGACAAAACUCUUCAGGCUGAUACCAUAGACAGUUUUGAAAUGCAGAGGACGCCACGAAAAAGUAACCCUGAUGAAGAGAUGAAUAUGAUUCCUCCACAGACUCCAGUUAGGACUGUUAUGAAUACUAUUCAGCAAUUAAUGAUGAUCUUAAAUUCAGCAAGUGAUCAGCCAUCAGGAAAUCUGAUUUCCUAUUUUGAUAACUGCACAGUGAAUCCAAAAGAAAGUAUCCUGAAAAGAGUGAAGGAUAUUGGAUGUAUCUUUAAAGAGAAAUUUGCUAGAGCUGUGGGACAGGGAUGUAUUGAAAUUGGAUCACAGAGAUACAAACUUGGAGUUCGAUUGUAUUACCGAGUAAUGGAAUCUAUGCUUAAAUCAGAAGAAGAACGAUUAUCCAUUCAAAACUUUAGUAAACUCCUGAAUGACAACAUCUUUCAUAAGUCCUUGUUGGCGUGUGCUCUUGAGGUUGUGAUGGCUACCUACAGCAGAAGUACAUCUCAGAAUCUUGAUUCUGGAACAGAUUUGUCCUUCCCAUGGAUUCUGAAUGUACUUAAUUUAAAAGCCUUUGAUUUUUACAAAGUGAUUGAAAGUUUUAUCAAAGCAGAAGCCAACUUGACAAGAGAAAUGAUAAAACAUUUAGAAAGAUGUGAACAUCGAAUCAUGGAAUCCCUUGCAUGGCUCUCAGAUUCACCUUUAUUUGACCUUAUUAAACAAUCAAAGGACCGAGAAGGACCAGCUGAUCAUCUUGAAUCUACUUGUACUCCCAACCUUCCCCUCCAGAAUAAUCACACUGCAGCAGAUAUGUAUCUUUCUCCUGUAAGAUCCCCAAAGAAAAAGGGGUCAACUCCACGUGUAAAUUCCACUGCACAUGCAGAGGCACAAGCAGCUUCUGCCUUCCAGACUCAGAAGCCAUUGAAAUCUACCUCCCUUUCACUUUUUUACAAAAAAGUAUACAGGCUAGCAUAUCUCCGACUGAAUACCCUGUGUGCACGCCUUCUGUCUGAUCACCCAGAACUAGAGCACAUCAUCUGGACCCUUUUCCAGCACACACUGCAAAAUGAGUAUGAGCUCAUGAGAGACAGGCAUUUGGACCAGAUCAUGAUGUGUUCCAUGUAUGGCAUUUGCAAAGUUAAGAAUAUUGACCUUAAGUUCAAAAUCAUUGUAACAGCAUACAAGGACCUUCCUCAUGCUGUUCAGGAGACAUUCAAACGUGUUUUGAUCAGAGAAGAGGAGUAUGAUUCCAUUAUAGUAUUCUAUAACUCAGUCUUUAUGCAGAGACUGAAAACAAAUAUUUUGCAGUAUGCUUCUUCCAGGCCCCCUACCUUGUCACCAAUACCUCACAUCCCUCGAAGCCCUUAUAAAUUUUCUAGUUCACCUGUACGGAUUCCUGGGGGGAACAUCUAUAUAUCACCCCUGAAGAGUCCAUAUAAAAUUUCAGAUGGCCUGCCAAUUCCAACAAAAAUGACUCCAAGAUCAAGAAUCUUGGUAUCAAUUGGUGAAUCAUUUGGAACUUCUGAGAAGUUCCAGAAAAUAAAUCAGAUGGUAUGUAACAGUGACCGUGUGCUCAAAAGAAGCGCUGAAGGAAGCAACCCUCCUAAACCACUGAAGAAACUACGCUUUGAUAUUGAAGGAUCAGAUGAAGCGGAUGGAAGUAAACAUCUCCCAGGAGAAUCCAAAUUUCAACAGAAACUGGCAGAAAUGACAUCUACUCGAACACGAAUGCAAAAACAGAAAAUGAAUGACAGCAUGGAUACCUCAAAUAAGGAUGAAAAGUGA